ACUGGACCCAUCGCAGCGGUCUUGAGUGCCAAAGCGAAUGCGAACCGUCGGAAACGCACCUGCAGAAGAAUCUCAAGAAUCUAUUGGCUGAGGCGCCCUAGACAUUCGAUUCAACAACCAUCUCGCUCUGUUAAACCCUCAAUUCACAGAAAGAGCAACAAAGAGGCAACCAUGGCGACGUUAGUGGCGGCAACGAUAGUUUCGAUCAAUCCUGCAAACGAGCUCCUCGCUUGCCCGGAUGGCGCCCCGGUCCUUCUCUCCAGCUUCGCUAAUCGAGAGGUGAGGCUGCUGCAACACGGUAGGAGCAUUGUAGUUGAGGACGACCUAGAUAUUCGUUGGGAGGAGCUUGCUGGCGUGGUCGUGGACGAGGUCAUUUUCUUCAGCCGGCAUACUGCCGUUUCGAAUCGUCCUGCCCUCACUGUUCAUCGGAUUGGGAACAGAAUAAGAACAAUAAAGUCCUUCUUGGCAUCGAGGGUGGACAUUAUGCACCUCGCCAUAUGGACAUAGUUCAGUAAGUAUUGGUCGGUCUGGCUGUUCUUCCCGUUGAUGUGAUCAUUUCUU